AUGAUAUCUUUUGUCAAGAACAUGAUGAUGGAAAUGGAUACAAACACAUUUACACUCUUGUUCACUCUAGCAGCUUCCCUCUUUGCAUACUUAUUCUGGUUCCACUUACUAGCACGAAACUUAACCGGUCCUAAAGUUUUCCCAUUUCUCGGCAGCCUCCCAGUUCUCUUCCUAAACCGAAACCGGGUUCACGACUGGAUAACCUCAAACCUAAACCAAACCGGGGGUUCAUCCACUUAUCAAACAUGCAUCCUCCCUUUCCCUUUCUUGGCAAGCAAACAAGGCUUCUACACAGUCACAAGCAACCCAAAAAACAUCGAACACAUCCUCCGAACCCGGUUCGAUAAUUACCCAAAAGGACCCACAUGGCAAACCGCUUUCCACGAUCUUUUAGGACACGGAAUCUUCAACAGCGACGGCGACACGUGGCUGGUUCAACGCAAAACCGCUGCUUUAGAAUUCACCACAAGAACCCUUCGUCAAGCCAUGGCUCGUUGGGUGAACCGAACCAUUAAAAACCGAUUAUGGUGUAUUUUAGACAAAGCCGCUAAAGAAAAAGUUAGUGUUGAUUUGCAAGACCUUCUUUUACGGUUAACUUUUGAUAACAUUUGUGGACUCACUUUCGGUAAAGAUCCGGAAACUCUCUCACCGGAACUACCCGAUAACCCGUUUUCUCUUUCAUUUGAUUCGGCAACUGAAGCUACAUUGCAAAGACUACUUUACCCCGGACUCUUCUGGAGGUUCCAGAAGCUUUUAUCUAUUGGUGCUGAGAAAAAACUGAAACAGAGUUUGAAAAUUGUUGAAACUUACAUGAACGACGCCGUUUCAGCUCGUGAGAAAUCUCCUUCCGAUGAUCUUCUCUCACGGUUUCUUAAAAAGCGCGACGGCGAUGGAAAACCGUUUGACGCCGGGAAACUGAGACAUAUAGCGUUGAAUUUUGUUCUCGCCGGGAGAGAUACUUCAUCGGUUGCUUUGAGCUGGUUUUUCUGGCUUGUCAUGAAUCAUCCAAACGUGGAGGAGAGGAUUGUAUCUGAGUUGAUAGAUGUUUUGGCUGAAACUCGAGGUAGAGAUCGUCGUCGUUGGACUGAUGAGGCGGUGGAUUUUGAAGAAGCUGAUAAGCUUGUUUAUCUGAAAGCAGCGUUGGCGGAGACGCUGAGGCUGUAUCCUUCUGUGCCGGAGGAUUCUAAAUAUGCGGUGGAGGACGAUGUUUUACCGGACGGAAGUUUGGUUCCGGCGGGAUCGACGGUGACGUAUUCGAUAUAUUCCGUAGGGAGGAUGAAGAGUGUGUGGGGUGAAGACUGCAUGGAGUUUAAACCGGAGAGGUGGUUAUCGGUUCAGGGGAACCGGUUCGAACCGCCGAAAGAUGGGUAUAAGUUUGUGGCUUUUAAUGCUGGACCGAGGACUUGUUUGGGGAAGGAUUUGGCUUAUCUUCAGAUGAAAUCUGUUGCUGCUGCUGUGUUGAUUCGUUACCGGCUUUUACCGGUUCCCGGUCAUCGGGUUCAGCAGAAGAUGUCUCUUACGCUUUUCAUGAAGUAUGGGUUACGUGUGUUCUUGGUUCCACGUCAGCUUCAGGAGCCCGAAUCUGUUGUGGCUCAUUGA